UUAGGUAUUAAAAAGAAAUAUUAUUAUUGCAAUACAAUGUAAGGAAUGUAAAACUUAUAUAGAAAUUAUAUACGAAAGAAAUAUUUGUUUAAUACAUUCCAAUAUUUGGUUCUAUUCUUUAGCUGCAGAUUAAAUAUGGUUAAUAUGGACUGUAUGAGGUAUUUGAUAACCUCAGUAUUGCGGCAUCUUUUAUUCUUGUCCUUCUUGAAUGCUAAGAGCUAUUCUAUAAAAUAUUGUUUUUGUAAUUUUUAUGACUGCAAUUUUAAUCAGCGAUUUCAAUUUAAGACUAAACUCUACUGUUCUGUCAGUCUUAUGUCGUGCGCACCUUUUGAGCCACUGUUUUUGGCUUCACACUUUUCGUCAUGCGGACUGCAUUAAGGUCAUUUGCUCUCCACCACUCACUUAUUUUAAUACGUGCUUGUUCUAAUAUUGACUGAAUGGGUUUUUACUGGUCAUUCAAAAUGUAAAACCGUAUUAGCAAAACAGGUAAACUUGUUCUAAGUUGUUUUAUUGCAGCCGGUUUGUUGUACGGUUACAUGCGGUUGGGGGUUAGUUUUACUGGUAAAGCAAAUGCCAUGCUAUGACUGGAAGACCGUUGUAAUCAUGCGUAGUCUGCUCUUCAAACUAUACUAUAAGCGAAAAAAUCUAUUCCGCAUCAUUUGUAAAUAAAUGCGUUGUACAAGCGGUGUUCUCCUCAGAGUGUUGAGACAGUAAUUGCUUUAGAGCUGGAGGUCCUCAGUUGGUUUUUGACUUUUAUGGCACCAAGGCGCGUUUGACGCAUUCUUUUGUAACAUGUCCCCUCCCCCGCCUUCCUCUUGUCCCUUCAGUAGCAAAAAAUUCAAUGCAAUACAAAUGGUGAAAGGAAAUGCACAGACGUUUCCCUUUCAUAACCAAGAAAGCUAUAGAGGACACGAAAAGAAAACAAAUAUUUAAUAGACAUACAGACCACAAUAAAACAUUUCGUCUUUUUCAUUUAAGAUUGUAGAUUAACAACCAUAAAACGUGUAAUAAUAUAUUCUUUAUUUUUGAACGCUUUAAAAUAUAAUUCCCUAUAUUAGUAGACUGAAAUACAAGGCACUACGACAGUCCAAAUAAUCACAUCUGCCGCACAUGUUCUGUUAAGCAAUGUUCAGCAUGAUACAUAAUUGACUUUGUCACAUGUAUAUCAUUGAAGCAGGAGGGUUUUAAAAGUUACACGAUUUAUUUUUUAAAUUAACUUAUGUCACAAUGACAAAACGAGAGAAUUUACACUAUAUUUUAGCGUUUUGGUUAAACCAAACUUAUUAAACCUAUCAAGUGUCAUGCCAGUGAAGCUAUUUUCCUGUGGGUUAUAAACACUGUUAAUAGUGCAGGAAAUUCGAUAUGACAGGUUCUGGUACAAUUUGACAAAAUGUAAAUAUUCACUGCACAGUUGUUUGUUUGUUUCCUUGACUUACACUAUUCUUUGAUGCAUUGAUUAUUGCAUAUGUAGGCCAUAUCACUAUUUUUUAUCGAAGAUUCGAAGAUGGACGAAAGUGAGCAAGCGAGAAAGCGGCAAGCGAGCGAGCGAGAGAGAGAGAGAGAGAGAGAGAGAGAGAGAGAGAGAGAGAGACUGUUUUCCUUAAACAUUAUCAACUGAAACCACUGGGAUAUGAAGCUACAAGCUACAUAUUCCUCCGUAUACAGCGCUCUCAAUUGGUGGAAACUAGUCAGGUGACGUUGUCAUAUUGUCUUUCCUUGAGCCAAGCCUUGGCUAUAACACUUGGGUUGCGCGUCUUAACCGGAGUCUAGAAAUUAAAAUUUUUGAAAUCUUACUGAACUAAACAAAAGAGUUUACAAAGCAGGAAGGAGACACGAGCGUGAGUAUAUGGGAGAGGAACAUAGACACUUAGGCGCACAGAAACGUGAGAGACUAAGCAAGGGGUAUUAGGAAGGAAGGCAGAGUUGAUGAGAGGGCGAUAGGGGAAGGCAUGAAUUCGUAUUUCGCGAACCCGUCACUCUCCUGUCAUUUAUCCGGUGGUCAAGAGGUUUUGCCUAACAUGCCACUAAACACGACCACGUAUGAUCCUGUCAGACAUUUCUCGUCUUACGGCUCCACUGUGACCCAGAACCGGAUUUACGCGUCCCCUUUCUAUUCGCCACAAGACAACGUUGUGUUCGGGUCAAGCCGGGGACCGUACGAGUACGGAUCUAACGUGUUCCUCCAAGACAAGGAAGUGCUUCCCAGCUGCAGGCAAACUAGCAUGGGAAUCAAUGCUCAGAGCCACGUAGCUCAGGAGUACAGCCUGGAGCACGGUCGAGGCGUUGCACAGGAGCAAAAAGGGAACCAGAUCCAGAUCUAUCCGUGGAUGCAGCGCAUGAACUCGCACAGCGGAGUUGGGUACGGCUCUGACAGAAGAAGAGGUCGACAGAUUUACUCCCGAUACCAAACCCUGGAGCUAGAAAAGGAGUUCCACUUCAAUCGCUACUUGACCCGACGCAGACGGAUAGAGAUUGCCAAUGCUCUUUGUUUAACAGAGCGCCAAAUUAAAAUUUGGUUCCAGAACCGCCGCAUGAAAUGGAAGAAAGAAACCAACCUGACUUCGACUGUAACUGGGACAGAUUCGACGGAUGCUACCCAGGGGGAAGAAAAACAAAGUAAUCAGGAGGCGACAGAAGAAGUUAAAAACAAAGACUAGUAGAUUUGUUUUGAUUUGUAAACGCCUGUUAAACUGCAACGUAACUACCUAUAAACUGUCAGAAAUGCAAUUAUAACUGCAUGGACUGUGUAUUCUGCUAUACCUUUACACUCAUUUUCAAACCAUUAUCACAGAAAUACGUGCAAGGGGGGUGAUAUGCAGAAUUAUGCUAAUCACUCUUUGUAUUAAGAAUAUGUUUUGCCUCAUUUUAGGCAGUUUAGAUGCAAUAUCACAGACGCUGUUGUCCGGCAACCAAUCUUAAUAUUAUAGCGUUCUGUAGGCUUGUAAAUAGUUACUCUAUGAAACAAACUGUAAACUAAUUGGGUCAAUAAACUUUUCCAUUGAUUUUGCAUACACAGAACCAUUGCCAUUCCAAAUGUGAAGGAAAUGUAGUCUAUGCACAUGUGUUAUUUUGUUCUCGUUCAAUUAGCACCAGCACUGUUGGGAUGAAACAUGCUACCUUACGUUCUUAUGGAUUUUAAUAACUUCAUCCCGUCAAUGCGUGGAUGUACAAAAAGCCGCUGUAAUGGCUAAAUAUUUACCGUUCAGCUAAUUUCAUACCAAUUCAACAUACACGUAUAGUUAUGCUUAUAAAGUUGUAUUAAAGUGAAUAAAAACUGCUAUGAAAAUGAAGACAUUCACUGUUUUGCAA